AGCUAGGCUAGCCCCAGAACCAGAAACAAACAAGGUGAGAAAAAUGGCAUUUUAUCCUCACUCACAAUCUCACAUGAAUAGGUGUCUUUCUCUGAGUCGCACUGAAAGGGGAAGAAGAUAGAUAAGAACCCAAGAAGAAGAAGAUGUUAUCUAUGGGUUUGGGGAUCGAGUGUCAGGCAAACUUGAAUGCCUCCGUCUUGAGGCAGAAGUUGCCUCAGCAAAAGCACAAGCUGUUAUUGGUUAACAAUAAUCAGAGAGCAUUGAAUUUCAAGCCAAGGACCUCUACCUUCUCUGUUUCUCACUCGCUGCCGGAGUUGAAGCUCAGACUGACCCAAACCACAAGAAACGUCAAGCUCUCCGCCGCCGCUGAGUCUCUAGUUGCUGAAGAAACGGCCGCUGCUGAUGACAACUUAACCACCGAAACGCCUCUGGAAAAAGAGAAGCUUGGAGUAGUUGUGAAGCCAAUUGAGAAACCAAGGCUUGUAUUGAAGUUCAUUUGGAUGGAAAAGAACAUCGGCAUUGCCCUCGAUCAAAUGAUACCGGGUCAUGGCUCCAUCCCUCUCAGCCCCUAUUAUUUCUGGCCGAGGAAAGAUGCCUGGGAGGAGCUCAAGGUCUUGCUCGAAAGCAAGCCUUGGAUAUCUCAAAAGCAGAUGAUUAUUCUUCUCAACCAGGCUACUGAUAUCAUCAAUUUGUGGCAGCAGAGUGGUGGCAAUUUGGCGUAAACUUUUAAGGUAGAAAUCUUUUCGAGUUUUAAGGGUGCUGUGUGCUAUUAAUAGCUUGAGCCCCCCUUUAGCAAUGUUCUUUGUGUAACCUGCGGAAUAGAGCUCUAUUGACUACUUGUGCAUCAAAUUCGUUAAAUUUGAAUGAAAUAUGGGUUCUAUUUUCUCUUUA